GAGACGAAAGCGCGAAAACCUCUGCAGGUGGUGAUAAAGUUUAUACUUCUCAUCAGAAGUCCAGUAUGUGUUAGGAGGAACAAAAGUCUCUUCGAAAGGGAGUGAAUCUUCUGAAGGAGAGCCGUUAUAAUGUCGGAAGAUGUGGUCCGAAUGGGACUUGAGCAUUUCGAGGUACAGCCCUGCGUUUUCGGCAGCCAUAGUGUGUUCGUCUUCAGAGCGAGUCAGAGCGAGUUCGUUUGGCUCAAUGUCUACGUCAUUGACACCUUGAUCGAGCCACACGGCUACCGGUGAUCGCCGUUGAAUGCUGGUCAAAUAUUGCAACCUUUCAACUUUGACGAUGGCAUCAGGAAUAACACGUUGGAUCACUUCGAAUGAACUUCGAGAUAUCAUCAAAGGCUCAGGGAAACCCCUCAUCGAUUAUGCCGUUGUGGAUGUAAGAGAUGCAGACUUCGAUGGCGGCAACAUUCCAAACUGCAUCCAUAUCCCAUCCCAUCUCUUCGAUGAGAGAGUUGACGGGCUUGUCGAGCGGCUAAAGUCUACACCACUUGUCGUGUUUCAUUGCUAUUGGUCGCAGCAAAGAGGACCUCAAGCAGCCCGGAUAUUCCGCGAAGCGCGAGACGGCUUGCUGACGCCGGAGCAAAUCAGUCCCCAAGAGAUAUGCAUAUUGCGUGGAGGUUUCGCUGAGUUCCAAGGAUACUUUAAGGCAGGCACAUUAAAAAAAAAUUACGACCCCGAAUUGGUUGAAAAUUAUCGAGCCAGCGUUUGGGACCCAUCUGUAGUGGAAUCCGGUGACGAAUGAAUCCGAGGUGGUCUCAACUCGUCCCCAAAUCGGACGUGGCACCUGUAUGUUUCGUCUGCGAAUAAGACACAACGAUCCCAUCUGGAUGAAAUAGAAGCCUCGGGGUCAUUUCCAGGAUGUUAUGAUGCUCCUGAUUGGUCUCCAUUACGCCCGCUAGAUCAGCGGAACCACGAGAACCAUGAUGACCGUUUUGCUCCAGUAGAGCCGGGCGGAUCGUUCGAGGGUAUUGCUGAGUGGGACGCUGUUGAAAGAGCCACCUCUUGCCGUCUCUGCUCCGCACGUUUCUGGGCAAUCUUGAUGUUCCGCUCAGGAAACUUCUCGACAAUCGUUUUCAUUGU